UGCACGCACAGUGAAACCGAUUAUGUGCAACCAGAUAUAGUAUUUACCAUCAUAUCCGCAUACCAAACGAUAUAAUUUUAUAACUCAUUUUCCUAGUCUACGAACAACCCGCUUGAUUUAAAACUGCCUAACGCUCAAAGAACUGUACAAAAUGGAACGGUGGAAUAUUCGCGGCCCGUGAAGAUAUAAAUAUGCGAAUAACAGCGCGAAUCGGCGUUGGUCAGCGAAACUGUUUUACACCAACACAAAUAUGCAGGCUCCGUGCCCAGUGUAUCAGAAAGUCAUACGUCUCGGUGACUGGUUAAGGUCAAAACGGGCGGAUUAUAAAUCACCGGAGCGCAAGUAAAAUAAAAUUCCUGCAGCAAGAAUUAAAAAACGAAAUAAGGAAAGGGCUACCGGUCCUUUUGUCCGCUCUAUCGUUCAACGGGUUAGCCGGCCACUCAUGAAUAUGACAUCAGCGGUGGCCGCAGAGCCGCGAUGUUGAUUUAUGCGGCCGCGGCGAUCCAUCACGAGUCGGACUGGCCGGACCCGCCGCAGUGGCCGGACGGGUUAGCCGGAUAGAUGUACAAACGUACGGGUUUUUGAACGGUUGGAUGCGUUCGUACCGUCUGUUUGUCUGUUGUGUAUGCAUGAACUUACGAACGGCGAUUUAUAAAAUCGAUGAGCUAGGGUUGUUUGUUAUUCAUGAAAAUGACUUUGUUUAUGGCAGGCUAAGGGAUUACAGUUCCUGUGUCGCGUGACGUAACUUUUAGUAAUUUUGAACAGUUGUGCUAAGUGACGGGUAUUUAUAGAUAUAACAAGAUAAAAUAAUUAAAAUAUGCGUAGCAAUAUUUUAAUGCUUAUUAACGUUAAUCUAAUAAACGAAUAAAAUAAGUUAAAAAUAACUUAUAUAUUCCAAAAAUAUAAACCUAAGUACCGAAAUCAAAUUUGAGAAAAAUACAAACAGUGCCAAUAAUCAAAAUGCGCCGACGUCCCCUACCACCGGUGCGUGAAGAGACCAACACGAAAACGUGGCGAAGUUUGUGCGAGAAUGAGUGGGCGGUGUACACACUCGUCGCGUCGGUUGGCGCGCUGACGUAUGCAAACAGCCUGAAUGGGGAGUUCGUGCAUGACGACAUCCCGGCGAUAGUGUCCAACGGGGAUGUAAACGGAGCCAACAGUGUCGGGAGAGUGUUCCGGAAUGAUUUUUGGGGCACUCCGAUGUCUGACACUAGCAGCCAUAAGUCAUACCGGCCGUUGACGACGCUUUCUUUCCGGUUUAACUACAAACUCUGCGGGCUGUCUCCGUGGUGGUGGCACGCGUGCAACGUCGCCCUGCACGCGGCGUGUUGCGCGCUCGUCGCCCGCACCGGUGUGUCAGUCGCACGUUUGCAGCGUCCCUUUGCUGCCCUCGCUGCCUUGCUAUUUGCUGUACAUCCCAUACAUACUGAGGCGGUGGCCGGCGUCGUUGGCAGAGCUGAUGUGCUGGCGUGUUUCUUCUUUCUAUCUUCUAUACUCCUGUAUCAUGGGACUUCUAGCUGUCAUCGAGUAUGGUGGAGCGUGGUAGCUGGUGCUCUCAGCAUGCUGGCCAAGGAGACUGGGCUCACUGCUCUGCUGUUCAGCGCUACUCUGGACCUGUAUAGAUGCUGGAGUAAUAUACAAAGAUCAUCAUCUCCAGUGAAGUGGCGAUGGAAAGGCGACAGCGCAUGCACCAGGAUAGUGAAGGUCCUUGCUGCUUUGGCCUUUCUAGCUGGAGCGAGGCUCGCCCUUCUCCAAGGAUCACUACCGGCUUUCUCUCCACAAGAUAAUCCACCAGCAUUUCAUCCUUCGUUUGCUGUCAGAUUGAUGACAUUCUGCUACCUGGCCGCGUUCAACUGGUGGUUGCUCCUGUGUCCUUGGACUCUGAGCCACGACUGGCAGAUGGGGUCAAUCUCCCUCAUCACCAGCACUUGGGACAUUAGGAAUCUCAUUACUUGUGCAGCGUUGAUUGCUUUGAUGGCAUUAUUUUACAGAUGCUUGACGGAUUUGGAGCUGCAGCGCCACACUCCAGCCCUUGUCGGCAUGAUGCUGCUCAUCAUACCGUACUUACCGGCAUCUAACUUACUGGUUACCGUUGGAUUUGUAGUAGCGGAGAGAAUCCUUUAUAUACCUAGCGUUGGAUCUGUGAUCCUCACUGCAUAUGGCAUGCAGUUGUUAUGGCGUCGUGGCGUCAAUAAAAGAAGAAUUUUGGUAUUAUGCGUCGCCGUUCUGGUGGCAGCUGGAGUCGCCAGGACCCAUCUGAGGAACAGAGAUUGGAGGACCAGAGAAUCCUUACUAAGAGCGGACCUCUCAGUGCUUCCUCACAAUGCAAAGUUGCAUUACAAUUUUGCGAAUUUCUUAAAAGACAUAGAACAGCAGGAGAAUGCGAUCAAACAUUACAAGGAGGCUCUCAAUUUAUGGCCAAGUUAUGCCAGUGCCCACAACAACCUUGGCACCCUGGUGUUAGCGUCAGGCCGCGCGGAGCAUCACUUCCUUCAAGCAUUGAAGUACAAUCGGGACCACGUCAACGCCCAUUAUAACUUGGCGAAAUUAUAUAGAAAAAAGAACCGUAUACCAGAAUCUCUGAAGAUGUUAGAACGCUGCAUCAGUUUAGAGCCACGGUUCGUCCAAGCCUACCUUGAGCUCCUCCACCUCAAACCACAGGAAGACAUACGAUGGAUUCUGGACAAACUCCUGGAACUGGAACCAAGGAAUUGGGAACACUAUUUGCUUUAUGGCAAUUGGUUCAGAGAUAGAGGUCUCUUACCACUGUCGCUGGAGUAUUACAUGACAGCGAUGCGGCUUUCGUUCAGCACUGGGCAUCAUAGCACGCGCGGCGAGAUACUAUCCCUGCGCGCUGCUUGUCUUGCACUGCGCAGUGCGGGCCAAUACGCUAGGGUACUGCAGCUAGUGGUUAGAUGGCACGGCGUGCGCGGCGACGGGCAGCCCGCGAGCCGGCGCGUGCUGGCGGCGCGCGCGUGGCGCCUGCGCACCGAGCUCGCCGAGCGCGCCGCGCUCUACUCGCGCCCGCGACACCACACGCUACCAGCAACGUCAACCUGUCUUCACCACAGCAAACUGGAAGUAUCUCCAGAAGUCUACAUAAACGAGUUAAAAUCCAACCAGGUCGAAGAAGGGUCCAAAAUUCAACACAAUACAGCGCACAGUGUACCAUUGGCCGCGUGUGACGCGAACAAAAUUCUAGAUAAUAAUUCUAAGAAAAUUUGCAAGAAAACUAAUGAGAAGAGCGUCUCGCUAUCAGCUCAAUACAAACCUACACAUAAUAAAUCAGAAACCGGACACAAGCAGAAAAGCUGUCCUUUGCACAAAAAGAAAAAAAUUAAAGACCCACAGUCGUUUUCGCCUUUUGUGUCGAACCAUUUGAUAAAAACUUAUUAAAAUUGAAGACUAAGAGUGAAGUUGUGAUUUGCAUUUAGUAGUUAUGAAGGAUCCAAUAUGGCAAUCAGGAAAUGCUUUUGUAUAAUAUAUUGAUGAACUCUGUCCAAUGUCCAUAUAUAAAAUAGUUGACUUUGUAUUAAUGUUUCAGUAUCAAAAUAAAGUCAUAUUGAAUUCUCUGUAAAUAAGUAUUGUGUAAAAUUAAUCUACAUUUACUAAAAGUAAUGGUUAAAUAUUAAACAAAGACUUUGGUGAUUAUUUUGUAAGUCGCAAUGUAUGCCAUGUAAAUUAAGGCAAUUAGUGUAAGCUAUAGUUUUGUUUUUAUUUUCAAACCAUGCAGUUAGUAUAAAAUAAGCUGAAAUGUAGCUAUCAAAAA